AUGAUUUCCAAUAAUUUUCAAAGUAAGAAAACAGCCGCUUCAUCCAAGAUGGAUCAAUAAAACAUUUCUCUUUGGGGCAAAUUUGGGUCAAAUUUUCUCACUAUGAAACCAUUUUCAAAUAUUCUUUCUUUGUUGUUCUAUUUGUCAUUUCCUUGUAUAGCUUGGAUGUCAUUUAAUAUCAGCAAUUCCUAAAAGGAGAAAAACCUAAGAAGAUUUGAUUGGACUGAUCUGAAAUGGUUGAUUGUAGGGUUAAUCCUAAUUCAUAUCACUAAGGAAAUCAAUGGAUAUUUGGUGUUUGAUUAUGUUGCGAAUUCCUUGGACAAAAAAUAUGUUGGUUUGGACAGACAACUUCGAGUGUAAAAAAUAGUUAAAUGGAUUUAUGAUACUUUUUACUAUUCAGUAGCUACAAUAUUUGCAUACAUAGUUUUCAAAGAUGAGAAGUGGUUUCCUACACAAUUAGGAGGCACCCAAUUCACAGAAACUAUGUAUGAUUUCCCCAAUAUGCCCGAUAACCCUUGGGUUCCAUUCUAUUACAUGAUUUAAACCGCAAGUCAUAUCCACGCUUUAUUGUUAUUGAUGUUCCACGGUACAAAGAUUGAAUUAAAGUAUUGGGAAUAUUUACUACAUCAUUUUCUAGCUGUAAGUCUGCUUUACUUUUCAACAAUUUAUAAUUGCGAAAGUAUUGGUGUUGUGGUUUUGGUGCUCCAUGACAUCAGCGACAUCUUUCUGGCUUACGGUAGAACCUAUGCUGACAUUGGCAAGAAUAAGAUCCUAGUCUAUGUGAGUUUCUCAGCCAUACAAAUCUCCUGGUUGUACACCAGAGUCUAUGUAUUCCCUAUCAAGAUAUAUGACAUCAUUGUAAAUCAUCCAGGAUUUUCACUUUAUUGGGAAAAUACAAAGCAUGCUUUAUACAACCAAGUUGGUUUGAUGAUAGUGUUAUUUGGAAUGCACAUUUAUUGGACAAUUUUUAUGAUUAAAGUAGGCAUUGGAAUCUUUUCAGCUGGUAAAUAUAAAAAUGUAUAUGAUAACAGAGAGAAUAAAUUAGACAACAAGAAGGAAAACUGAUUUAUAACGUACAUCAUUUAGAGGUUAUCAACAUUUUAAUUAAUAUCUUUA